UAAAACCUCCGUGAACUUUGCAAGGGAAAUAUUGGCCCGAUUCGAUCUUUGAUGUACAAUUCUUGUAGCUGUGGUGUGUGCAAUUGCAUUUGGGAAUAGUUUACGUCAGUCAAGUUAAUUCAUUACAGCUUCGCGCAGUAGUUGUGUUGCAAUGAUUUCGUGCAGGCAUGGACUAGUGUCACUUAUCAGGUGUAAUCAUCCCAGAAUUCUGUGUAGUGGAGGUCAGCGUCAGAAGCAUACACUUCCAGAUCUGCCAUAUGAUUAUAAUGCUUUAGAACCCAUUAUUAGUGCUGAGAUUAUGAAGCUCCAUCACUCAAAACAUCAUGCUGCUUAUGUGAAUAACCUCAAUAUUGCAGAGGAAAAACUGAAGGAAGCACAAGCAAAGAAUUGUGUUAGCACUAUCAUCAGCCUGGCUCCUGCUCUCAAGUUUAAUGGUGGAGGCCACAUUAACCACACAAUCUUCUGGCAGAACCUGUCUCCUACUGGAGGAAGCCCAAGCAAUGAGUUGGAAGAAUCCAUUAAGAAAGAUUUUGGCUCGCUUGACAACUUGAAAGCACAACUGUCAGCAGUAUCUGUUGGAGUUCAAGGUUCUGGUUGGGGCUGGCUGGGCUACAACAAACAGACGAAGAGACUUCAGUUAGCAUCCUGUCCUAAUCAAGACCCUUUGGAAGCAACAACAGGUCUUGUGCCACUCUUUGGCAUUGAUGUUUGGGAACAUGCUUACUAUCUGCAGUAUAAGAAUGUUCGACCUGAUUAUGUGAAGGCAAUCUUUGAUAUUGUAAAUUGGAAGGAUGUUGCAGAGAGGUUUGCCAAAGCAAGAUCUGGAUAAAUUAGUUGUUAUGUCUGGGGUUACUGUUGGAUUUAUCCUAUGGAUAGUUAUGAAUUUUCUAGUAAACUUUAUGAUAAAGGAAAGUAAUCAGCAUGCAUUGCAUAAUGGAUGAAGAUGUUGUUCCUCUUGAUGUGUACCAAAUUAUGUGGAGUCAAAUAGUUAUGUAAUUUGCUGUGUAGGGUCAUAACUAUUGUAGCACUAAAUUUCAUUCCAAGUAAACUCAUGACUUCCUACAGCAUCAAUAUUUUCUUACCCCACCUGCUCAUUACAGCAAAAGUAUAAAAAAAUAAUCAUAUGUAACUUCUGGUUUAGUUUCUUGUACUUUUCUAUGUAAAAGUACUCUGUGUACCUACUGUAUGCUGUAUAUUGAUGAGGACUGUCAUUUAGUGUUAUUAGUUUGAUACAAUAUGAUAUUGAAAAUAUUUUGAUAUCAGUAUGAAAAAUUCAUGAUGGCUUAUUUGAUUUCUGUGUAUGUUACGUUCAGUGUGAUAUUUGUAAAUGAAAAUCUGAACUUGCUUGUUUGCAUUGUAACAGUUUAAGCUAUUCUUAUAUAAGCUUCAGUUUUUCUAACCUGACUUUUUAUCUGAUUUUCCUUGGCCAAUGAAAUAUUUUUAUAUUGAUAUCAAUAUGAAAAUCCUUAUCAGUUGAUAUCUCUGAAAUUAAGAAUCAUGUUAAUUCACUUUUGAAUAGCAUAUAAAAUAUAUAACAGUGAAGGUACCCCUGAACACCACACUAAAGAUAUAUAGGGGAUAUGGAUGAGAAAUCCUAUGAAAUCUCUUCAAGUUCUGAAGUAUAAAAAUACAUGAAACUUUACCCCCUUCCCACUUCACACAUUGAGUACAUACUUCUAGUCACAGGAGUAACUUCAUGCAAAGGAAGGAUGAAAUUGCUUGGGAUGAAAUCAUUUAUUAUUAUGUUAUGUUUUCAACAUUAUUAUGUAUAACUUUGUUAUGUUAGAUUGCAAAAACUGUUUUGUGAAGGCAGAACGUUGUAAAAUUAGCUUGUGGCUAAUGAAUAUUCAUUAUAUUGAAUAUAAUAAUGAUAUGCAUUGGUAUCUGCAGUCUAUACCCAGGUUGAUGUUCUGUCUUAACUCUCUUGAGCUGUAAAGAUGUAGUGUGAUGGAUUUGUAAAACUUUAUUUGCAGUUUCAAAGUACUGCAGUCAUUUCAAACAUUUAUGCAGCUUGAUAGUGCAUGUGCACAUUUACUUCUAAUGAAUGGAUCUUCAGUAGCAGCUGUGAAAUUUGAGCAUUUUUUUUGUCUACCUCAAAGUACUGAAUUAAAAAGAUUGUGUGAAAAUAUAUUUCUUACAGAAGAAGGAAACAAAUUAUGUAAAAAUAGUUUUGAUGUCUGUAUAAAGUAGUCAUAUUGCAAAUGGCAGCUGUGGUUUGCUGGGAAUAAAUUUGACACAUUUUUAGUUCAUUUAUUUAUUGUUCCUUGUAUAAAAUAAUUGUUGAUUGUGAUCUUGUGCAGUCUGCCCUAUUUUGCUGUGUGUGGAUGGUAGUACACAGCAGCGGUCGUCCAUUAAUCUUACAGACCAUUGCUUACAUAGUGUUUAUUCUCAUGGCAGUCACAUCACAAAACUCUGUGUAUAUCUUACAAGAAAUGCCAAAUACACCAACUCCCCCAUUAAAUAACUAGGAGUUUUUGUGUUGUUCUUGAAGUAAAUUAAUUGUGUGGUGUCAUAACAUAUUUAUACUAUAACAUACAUACCUGCUUGCCAGCAUAUGUGAGAAUAAUGAUGUUCACAACAUCCAGUUUGCCUGGAUUUAUGCAAAAAAUUCUAAAAAUAUCAACUUCAGGUGUAUAGAUGUUUUCCCUCAUGUUGUGUUAUAAAUUUGAAUAUACCAUUGUGUGUUUUGAAGAAAUGUAGGCAGUUACUGAACUGUGUUAACCUUUGUGUUUAUUUUAUAUAGUAUAUUUGAAAUUGUAAUAUAAACUCUUUCAGUAUAGUUGGUACAUAUUCAUGUAAGGAAACCUCAAUAAAUCAUUGUGAAAUUAUGAUUAAAGAAACAA